AUGACAAGGAGGAUGAUCAUAUUGAUAUUAGCUAUUAUGAAAAGUGUUUAUGAUGAACCAGAUUAUUCAUCAACAGCAGUUAAUCGUUGUGCUUUAGCUGCUGAUUUCAAUGCAACCGAUAGUGAACUUUAUUAUAUUGUGAAAAAUUCUUGGGAAACAUCAUGGGGUAUUGAUGGUUACAUCUGGAUGAGUCGAAAUAAGAACAAUCAAUGUGGCAUUGCUACUAUGACUAGUUAUCCUCGUUUUAAAAAUUUACAACCUAUUUUUUGUUUGUAUAAAAGUGAAAAUUAG